CCCAUGGCGCCGUCGUCGCCGAUCGACGCCGCCGCUGCUGAUCCCGACCCGCCCCCAAGCCGGCCCACCGACGCCCCCGCCCCCAUCACCGUCCCGAGCCCGCGGGACCACCUGCACCACCUUCUCGACCGCCGCGACACGCCGCGAGGGACCGCGUGGGAGCCCGAGAGGGCGAUGGACGGGACGGCGGCGGCUCCGGCGGCCAAGCCCGAGGCGAAGCUGGUGGCCGGCGAUGCCGGGUACGUCCUCGAGGACGUCCCGCACGUGUCCGACUACCUCCCCGAUCUCCCGACCUACCCAAAUCCACUGCAAGAUAACCCUGCAUACUCGGUUGUCAAGCAAUACUUCGUAGACCCGGAUGAUACAGUCUGCCAGAAGAUUGUUGUUCACAAGGGCGGCUCAAGAGGAAACCACUUCCGCCGCGCUGGACCUCGCCAAAGGGUCUAUUUUGAAUCUGAUGAGGUCCAUGCAUGCAUUGUCACCUGCGGAGGACUGUGCCCUGGACUUAAUACUGUGAUUAGGGAAAUUGUAUGUGGCUUAUCUGACAUGUAUGGUGUCACCAAGAUACUUGGAAUUCAGGGUGGCUAUAGAGGUUUCUAUGCUCGCAACACCAUCAACUUGACUCCGAAGAGUGUAAAUGACAUUCACAAAAGGGGUGGAACUAUUCUUGGCUCGUCACGAGGAGGCCAUGACACUAUGAAGAUUGUUGACAGCAUUCAGUACCGUGGUAUUAAUCAGGUCUAUGUAAUUGGUGGUGAUGGUAGUCAAAGGGGUGCAGGAGUCAUUUUUGAAGAGGUUAGAAAGCGUGGUCUCAAAGUUGCAGUUGCUGGCAUUCCGAAGACUAUUGAUAACGAUAUCCCUGUAAUCGAUAAGUCAUUUGGUUUCGAUAGUGCGGUCGAGGAGGCUCAACGUGCAAUAAAUGCCGCUCACGUGGAAGCUGGAAGUGCUGAGAAUGGCAUAGGACUUGUAAAGCUAAUGGGUCGAUACAGUGGUUUCAUUGCACAUUAUGCCACUCUUGCGAGCAGAGAUGUGGAUUGUUGUUUAAUUCCAGAGUCACCUUUCUACCUGGAAGGUGAAGGUGGACUUUUCAGAUAUAUAGAAAAGCGGCUGAAGGACAAUGGCCACAUGGUCAUUGUCGUUGCUGAGGGUGCAGGACAGAAACUUAUUGCCGAAAACAUGAAGGCAAUGGGGCAAGACGCAUCUGGCAAUGCACUGCUUCUUGAUGUUGGUCUUUGGUUAUCUCAGAAGAUAAAUGAGCAUUUCAAGAAAAACAAGACAACCAUAAAUCUGAAGUACAUAGAUCCUACGUACAUGAUACGCGCCAUUCCUAGCAAUGCAUCUGAUAAUGUCUAUUGCACACUGCUGGCUCACAGUGUGGUCCAUGGAGCCAUGGCUGGAUACACUGGUUUCACCGUUGGCCAAGUAAAUGGUCGUCAUUGCUAUAUUCCCUUUUAUAGGAUCACAGAAAAGCAGAACAAAGUCUCCAUAACUGAUAGGAUGUGGGCGAGGCUUCUCUCCUCCACCAACCAGCCGAGCUUCCUCAGCAAGCAGGAUGUUGAAGACGCGAAGGUGGAAGAUGAGAGAACAGCCAAGCUUCUGGAUGGCUCGCCUUCGAACCCCAAGGCUUGAAAUGGCGUGAAGGGAGGUCACUACGGCUACUGGUAGCUUAUGGGCAGAUGUAUUAGUACUCACUAGCAGUAUUUGUUAGUAAUGGCAAACUCAUGAUUUGGUUAUUCCACUCCAAAUUCCAGUGCUGAAUAGAUGUUUCCUUUAGCACUGGUUUUUUUCUUUUUCUUAUUUGAGAUUUUCCUUUAGCACGUAGUUGGCUCGGAAACUUGUGCGCAAAACCAGGCAAACUUUGGAAGGUUUCAGAUAUCCAAUUUGUGAAUAAAAAUAAUGCAUUGAGACAUUGUUGUGUUUUAACCUGGGCUAUAUUUGCGUUAUACGGCCUGGCUUUGUUCA